UUGAGUUGACACGAAGGCUACAAGCCUGGACAGUUUUAAAACAUUAUCUAUUAAAAAAUUUAAAAUGCUAAUAAUUAAAUUUGGAAUCGUGCUAGCACAGGUAGCUUCUGUAUUGACAUCGCGUAAUGAAACGCACGACGGAAAACGACUUAUCAAAGUGAACGAAACCGACACAGGCUCGUGGCUAGGAGACGAUGAGAUUUUUACCUUGGUUAAACAAAAUAUAAAUUUUCUGGAUUUUACGUCAAGGAAAUUUAAGGAUAGAUUACAUCCAAAUCAUUCAGCAGACGCAAUCCCGGAAACUUUACGCUACCACGAACUUAUCGCCGACGCUUUGAAAAACAUUAGAACUUCCAGAAUAAAAAACUUUAUCGACCGUUUGGACGAUUUUCCUAACCGAUACUGCAAUAACUCGAAUGGUGUUGCUGCCCAGAAAUGGUUGGAGGAAACGGUCAAAGCUGCCGUAAAUGAGACGCGAUAUAGAGGAAGGGUCACGGUCAGAAAUUUUGUGCAUUCCUGGCCUCAAAACAGCAUCAUCGUACGGAUCGAAGGAUCCCACAUCGUCUUAAGGCACGACGUCGUCAUCCUAGGAGCGCAUUUCGACUCCAUAAAUAUAGAUGAUCCGAUGAACGGUAUCGCACCUGGGUCAGAUGACAACGGGAGCGGGAGUGCAACAGUGUUGGAAGCCUUAAGAAUUAUAAUCGCGUCUGGGAUUGUUCCACGAAGGUCGAUCGAAUUUCAAUGGUACGCAGCUGAAGAAAUUGGGCGUCGUGGAUCGAUGGAUAUCGCGGAAGACUAUGCCGAUCGCAGGGUGAAGGUUGUUGCCAUGUUGAAUUUUGACGUGGUGGGAUUCCGUGAAGGUCCAAACCAGAUCGGGAUUGUGACCGACUAUACGUCGCCAAAAUUGUCUACGUUCGUCCGCCUUGUCGUCGACAGGUAUUGCGCCUAUCCGUGGAUAAACAUUCAAUGUGGAUAUGCCUGCUCUGACCACGCUUCCUUCACGCAUCACGGGUUCCACGCCUCCGAUGGGUCAGAGUACCCUGAAAAUCCUGACUUCCACACCCUGAAGGACACCCUGGACAAAGUGAGCUUUGAUAAGAUUGCUGAAUUUGUAAAGCUAGCGGUUGCUGCGGUAAUCGAAAUUGCGGAGGUGGGAAAAAGAUAAAAUAUGUCUUUUUAUUAAUGUUUCGAUCAAAGUCUGUAUUGCAUACUUAUGAUUAGUGAUUAUAUGUGUUAUAAAUGCAAUAAAAUUAAUAUUUAUGAAUAAUGCAUAUAUUGAAAUAAAAUUCUCCAAAUUAAUUUAAAUGAAGAGGAAACCGAAGGGAAAUUUGAUUAAAACUUAAUAGUACGAAAGAGAUUAAUACUUAACAGGAGGAAUAAUUAUUCAAAUAAUAAUCAUCCCGACAAAAUAUUUAUAAUUGUUCAAGACUAGCCAUGUAUUUUUUUACUAAAUAGUUGCAUACAUACAUCUGUAAUGGAAUUAUCUACGUCCGGAGGAAAUUGUCGAUAGAUAAUUAAUAAAACUGGUUAAAUUCCUUGACAGUAAUGACGCUUAAUUUUU